AUGUUACCUUGGAAGCGGGCUUUCAUCGAGGUGCUACGACUAUGGAGGAAGAUAGUCAUGGUGUCCGUACCGUUCCUCUUGCUGCCCCUGCUGCUAAUCUCAGAUUCGGUGAAAUUCAGGUGCGCCUACGUGGUGGCCGUGAUUGCCGUCUACUGGAUCACGGAGCCGAUCCCUCUCGGGGCCACGUCCCUCAUCCCAAUCGUGCUGUUUCCCAUGCUGGGCGUACUCACCACCGAGAAGACAUGCCAGCUUUACAUGAACGAGACGAAUAUAAUGUUUGUGGGGACCUUGAUCAUGGCCAUCGCAAUCGAGCACUCAUGUCUACACCAGCGGAUUGCCCUGAGCGCUUUGUGCUUUCUCGGAACCGGAGUGAAAAUGCUCGUUUUUGGGCUGAUGGCCAUUUCCAUGUUCCUGUCCAUGUGGAUCAACAACGUAGCCAUCACAGCCAUGAUGAUGCCUGUCGUAGACUCACUUUCGAAAGAGCUUCUUUGCAGCAAUACUGAUGACGACAUUGACCAAGUGGAAAACGAGCUCGUCGGUUUGACCUUGAUUCCUCUAAAAGGAAUUUCUGACAGUGGCCGCGAAGAUCUCGUGUCUAAUCCCGACGGAAAGCUCGCGCAGGUAUCGGUCGAGGUCGCCGUGGAGUUAGCACCUAGAACUGGCGCGACAUCGGCCACCAAAGCGCUCAAGAGCCGCAUUCGUGUUCUGCUCUACCUGAGCGUCAUCUACGGCGCCAACACGGGAGCAAUCACUACCAUCACCAGUGCGGCUUCGAACAUCGUCUUCAAAUUCGUCGUUGAAGACGAGUACGAAGGCCGGGCACCUGUGGACUACGCCACGUGGCUCUUCUUCGCGCUUCCAAUCACUCUCGUCAGCAUUGCGCUCAUCUACAUCCUGGUCGUGCCACUGUUCUUUCGUUGUCGGAGGCCAAACCUCGACAGUGAUGGUGGCUCCGCGGCGCUGGACGCUAUUCGCAGUAAUUACGCCGCACUCGGCCCUAUUAGGUUUCAUGAAGUGGCAGUGCUGGUGCUUUUCACACUGCUCAUAUUUCUAUGGCUUUUUCGGGAUCCAAUGUUCGCUCGAGGCUGGGCAGCUUACUUCACGGUCACGGAACCUAAGGACGCCACGGCAGUCAUGAUCGCCGUGGUGCUUCUUUUUGUCAUUCCGGCUGAGCCGAAGAAGCUGACCUCUAGUCCAGGCCUCGUCACAUGGAAGGUGGUGCAAGCCAAGCUUCAGUGGAGCGUCAUCCUUCUGAUCGGGAGCGGUUUCGCCAUUGCCGAGGCCAUGCGGGUUUCUGGCUUGUCUCUUGUGAUAGGACAGAAGCUAGCGAGCAUUGGUCACCUUUCUCCGGGAGUUCUGAUGAUGACCCUGUCUAUAUUCUGCUCUUUUAUGUCGGAGCUUAUCAGCAAUGCGGGCACAGUGACCGUGCUACUUCCAGUGUUUGCUGCAUUGGCGGAAGACCUCCAGAUGAAUCCACUGCUGUUCAUGAUCCCGGCGACAAUCACCAGUAACUUUGCAUUCCUGCUUCCCGUGGGAACUCCGGCCAACGCUAUCGUAUACGAACACGCUCGGCUCAAAGUCUCAGACAUGGUCCUUCCUGGGUUCUUAGUGAAGGUAAUUACCUUGAUGGUAACGGUGGCUGCGACGUACAUCCUUGGAGACCCUGUGUUCAACAUGUUUAAUUUGCCCGGCUGGGUGUUCGACACGAACACUGCCAACGUAACCAAUGUGGGAGUUCGCCGAUAG